CAGUGGGAUCUGGUAUGUAAGAAUCGAUGGAUCAGCUUUACAAUAACAACAGUCCAGAUGACAGGUGCCCUAAUAGGAGGUUUUAUUGUUGGCCAUUUAGGUGAUAGAUUUGGACGGAAGACCAGUCUAUAUACAAUGUUAUUAAUGCAUGCCGUCUUUGUGGCUGUUAGUGCCUUCUCUAACUCUUGGCAACUUUUGGCUGCUGUGCGGUUUGCAAUCGGAGUGACGGGCGGCUCUGUAACGAUAGUUGGCUUCCCUGCCUCUAUAGAAUUCGUCGGUAAAAGAUGGAGGGCAUUAAUAAGUGCACUUCCAGUGUGGUCGGCAACUGCUCCAUUUGUUGCCUUGUUACCUACCUCUUUCCUAAUUGCCGCCAUUUUGAAUAUUUUAUUUGUAGAACACGUGGGUCCUCCAAUGCUAAUGCCGCUAAUUUGGUCUAUUGUACCAGAAAGUAUACGUUGGUUAGCUGUCAAAGGAAGAACAGAAGAAGCGUCUAAAGUGGCUCGACGUAUUGCCAAAAGAAAUAACAAAACGCCACCUGAUACGGCAAUUGUAGUUAUGAUUGCUGAAGAAGAACGUACCUUAAAUAGCAAUUUAUACGGCUAUUCGUUCAUAGAUUUAUUGCGUUGUAAAAGACUCGCUUAA